GGACUCCCCUCGGUGGUGUUGGGGCGGUCGCACUCAGAUUUGAGACUGAACUGGGGUGGAAGAGAUUGACACAGAUACAUCCAGACUUGUGCAGACUCUCACCCCGAGACAAGGAUGCCAAACUGGGGCGGCGGGGCCAAGUGUGCGGCCUGUGAAAAGACUGUGUACCACGCUGAGGAGAUCCAAUGCAACGGGAGGAGCUUCCACAAGACCUGCUUCAUCUGCAUGGCCUGCAGGAAAGGACUGGACAGUACAACAGUCGCAGCGCAUGAGUCAGAGAUCUACUGCAAGUCCUGCUACGGCAAGAAGUAUGGGCCAAAAGGCUACGGGUACGGCCAGGGAGCUGGAGCCCUAAGCUCAGACCCCCCUGGACAGAACCUGGACCUGCAAUCUCAAGACUCAAAGCCUCGCCCAACAUCCACAAACUCCAACUCCAGUAAGUUUGCGCAUAGGUUUGGAAAUUCAGAUCGCUGCCAAAGAUGUUCGAAGGCUGUCUACGCAGCAGAGAAGAUCAUGGGGGCAGGAAAGCCUUGGCAUAAAACCUGCUUCCGCUGUUUGCUGUGUGGAAAGAGCCUGGAGUCUACCACAGUGACAGACAAGGAUGGGGAACUCUACUGUAAAGUUUGCUACGCCAAGAACUUCGGGCCGAAAGGAAAAGGGCUGGGGAACAUGGGAAUGGUGGAAGACGGAGAAUGAAUUCCUUGUAAUAGUUUGUGUGUGUGUUCGUUUUCUUUUCUUCAAAUACAGAGCAUUUUGAGCACUUAGUGAAAAUGUGUGUUAAUUUAAAAAAAUACCAUUAGCUUGUAUACUACAUUUCUUAAAACCUCUUUCUCUUGCCUUACAAUUAUGUAAAAACACUUGACAAUAGUAACUCCAUCACAGCAUUUAUCAACACAUUAAACGAUUGAGAGAG